AUGUCGGGCUUGCCCGAGUUCCCAUUCUCGGCCCGGCGCCGCCGUGGCCCCCAUAAUCGCCCCGGCCGCCGCGCUGCUCGCCGUAUCGCUGCCGCCGGCACUUCUUCCCUUCCUCCCCCUCCCCCUUCAGCACGCGCACCGCCAUAUAUUGCCUGGGCCAAAUCAGUCCCCGAUUUUGCGGGGACUGUGAUAGUCCACCAAGGUCCCGGUACGAAGCUGCGCAAAAUCAGCGCGGGGGACCUGGCCCAGGCAACGGAAAGCAUGCCGUUGGAGGAGAAUGGCCAAGUCCGCCAUAUGUUCUUCACGGAUGCUUCCGUGGCGGGGCGUUCAUCUUCCCCUCUCGAGCCCAUGGGAAGAUGGCCCGCGUUGGCCGUCGUGUGGCGGUCCCCCCGCUAUCCCAGAUGGAAUGGCCAAGCCUUUCCGGGAUCGGGCCGCACCGCCGACAAUACGGGGGUGCUGGAGCUGGAGGCCGUCGGUAAGGCCCUGCAAUUGGCAUAUUCGCGGGUCGCGGGAGAUCAGCGUGAGCAUCGGCACAGCCACCUUGUGCUGGUGUUUACUGACUCCCAAACCGCGAUUGACCGCCUGAGCCUGGUUCCAUUUGCUCCAGAUGUCAAGAACGUGCAGCACUGGGGCCAGCGACUCGUUGACCGUGGUGCAGAGCUCGAGCUGCACUAUGUCCCGGGUCACCGGGACAUUUCCGGCAACGAAGUCGCUGACCAACUGGCGAAGGCGGCUGCCAAUUGCUUGGCCGAUGGACGCUCUCUCUCGGAGGCGAGGGUCAGAGACCUGGACUGGUUCCAGGCUUGA